AUGGCUUCCAAUUCUCAAUCAUCAGGAAGUAAUCCACCACCCAAACCUUGGGAACGGGCGGGUUCUUCAUCCGGCCCCGGGGCGCCGUUUAAACCGCCAUCAGGUGGAAGCACAAGUGAUGUCGUUGAGGCUUCCGGGACUGCAAAGCCUGGGGAGAUUGUUACUAGUACUGACAGAAAUGCAGCUGUCAACCGGAGUACUCUCGCCAGACCUGUUCCCGCAAGACCGUGGGAGCAGAAUUACGGAAAUACAACCUACGGAGGUGGCGCGUUAGGCGGAUAUGGGUCUUCCAUGAAUUAUAAUUCUGGAUAUGGGUCUGGAGGAAUGUAUGGAUCUUCUUAUGGUGGUGGGUUAGGAGGAGUUGGAGGAAUGUAUGGGGGUGGAAUGUAUAACACUGGCCUUGGGGGUCAAAUGGGUGGUUAUGGUAUGGGAGUUGGUCCUUAUGGUGAUCAAGAUCCCAAUAAUCCGUAUAAUGAACCUCCAUCCCCGCCAGGAUUUUGGAUUUCUAUGCUGCGUGUGAUGCAAGGUGUGGUUAAUUUUUUUGGCCGGAUAUCAAUACUCAUAGACCAGAACACGCAGGCUUUCCAUUUGUUCAUGACCGCAAUGCUCCAGCUGUUUGAUCGCUCCGGCAUGUUAUAUGGAGAGCUAGCUAGAUUUGUGUUGCGAUUGCUCGGGGUCAAAACUAAGCCUAAGAAGGCUAACCUGCAAGGUCCAAAUGGACAUCCAUUUCACGGACAACAACAACAUCCUUCUGGAAACAUGAACUACAUUGAGGGCGCAAAAACUGCCCCAAGUGGUUCUUGGGACAAUGUCUGGGGAAAUGACACCAGUGAAUGA